CUCCUCGACCCAGCAGCCCGCAGAGUUUUCCGUCCUGUGUCGAGAUAACAUCGUGAACGCGGACCACCUGACGGUAAGACCGGACUAAAUGGAAGCAGCGGAGGAAACUCUCACUUACCGAGAUGACGCCGUACUUCACAGGAAGCUGCUCCCAGAGGACAAAGAGAUCGAAAAGAGGGACAUAAAGAAGGGCCACUCCGCCGAGACAAACAGCGAAGAGUCCAACUAUGUAGAUCUGGACAUGAAACCGGACGGCGCAAAAACCGUUAAAGUAACUUUCACUGGCGAGGGAAACCAGCUGUCUGUAGUGAAAUGCGACAAAACAAAGAGAGGGGAGCAUGACAAGGAGGUGAAAAUAAUUUCAGAGGACAUGCGGGCAACCGACCCGGGGCCUGUUUCGGGUGAGCCUCCUCUUGAAACUCUGAUCAAACUUCCAAACACGGAUAAGGACUCUGAGAAUGAGAAGCAGGGCCGGGCCAAGACAGACGCAAGCGACUGCAGUGAAAGUGAAGAGCUCCAGUACACAGACAAUUAUCUGAACAGCAAAACCGAGUCUGAUGACGGUGCCAGCGCGGUUUUGUCGGACCACUGUGGCUCAGAUACUGUGGAGGACGAGUCCCACUAUAUUACAACGCACGAGAUCCAGCUGACCGAGCUCGACCACGACGUAGAUUACGACCUGGGCCGAGGGACCUGCUGGGAUUUCGAAGACAACAACCUGGUUUAUUCCUUUGUGGAUUACGCGUCUUUUGAGAGCGACGACACGCAGGAGGGGACUCUGAUCCUGGAGGGCAGGAGUCAGGCGAAAGUGCAGUCUAAUCUCGGGGGGGCGGUUGUCAGCACGGAACAGGAGGAAAGUGAUCUCGGUGACUCGGAUAAAUGCGCAAGCUCAGAUGAAAGCGUGAGUAAAAAUCACAUUGUAGACGCUAAUGCGGGUAAAAUUCACUUAUCGAUUAAAACAUCCUCUAGGGCAGUGAACGAACCUGUGAACAUCUUUGACAGCAGCACCUGUGGCUACAACAAACAUUUUGGAGACAGGAGCCAAUUUUCCUUUGUGAGCUCUGGCGCCAGAGCGGGGCCCCUGUGCGAUAGAGCGCAAUGUUUCAUCCCUGCGCCGGGCCGUCAGCACCUUGCAACCAAACUGAGACGGAAAGAUAUUAAUGAGUAUUCCAGCGGAGCGUCCAGCUCCAUCAGUGAGCUGGAUGACGCUGAUAAAGAGGUGCGUAAUUUAACCGCCAAGUCUUUCCGGAGUUUGGCAUGUCCAUACUUCGAUGCCAUUAAUCUUAGUACCUCGAGUGAGUCUUCGAUGUCUGAAUAUGGGCUGAAUAAAUGGUCAGCUUAUGUGGACUGGAAUUAUGGAAACAUAACCCGCGGAGGUGAGCGCAACGUGAUGGCGCACAAGACUUCAAGCGCAACGUUGAAAAUGAAUAAGACUAUGGACACUAAGAGGCAGGGUAAGUCUGUUGGUGUCGUGAAAGCUCCGCAAACCAAGAUGUACACACUGAACAAAAGAACAACUCAACGGUCUACCUCUUCUGGUAAAAAGAUCGAUGUGACAGAUCAGCCACAGCAGCGUGGAGUCACGCUGAAUUUCCGCUGUAAUGUUGAAGCGCCUGAAGGCGCCAGGCGGCCAAAAUGCUCCAAGAAUGCACGAACCAAUGAGAUCACAGGGACUGUUGUAGCUAGGUCAGGAUGUGAGAUGCAGUACAAUCACACAGACAACACGGAUGGCACACACCAAAGAGCAGUUUUUGCAUCAAGUCUACUAAAAAAUGUAAUUUCUAAAAAGAUGCAGUUUGAACAGGAGCGCAAAAUGGAGAGGGGAGAAAUUCGUGACACACACCCAGCACUCUCACCAAGUUCUCAAAUCAAAGAUCAAGACACAAUACAAGACAGGAGUCAAGGAAGAGGCUUUCAAAGACAGGUUUCAGAGUCAGGCUCAGGAUUUAACUCUGCGGAUGAUCAGCUCCAGGAGGGCAGCAGACCUGGUUCCUCAGAGCCCGCAGAGGAGGAGAGAAGCAACAAAAAACCACUGGAGUCAGAAAACACGUCUCCAAAAGCAGUGCUUUACCAGAGUCAAAGUAGUGCUUUUAAUGUAGUGAAAGAAGAGGAGGCAGAAGUGCCAAAGGAUCCCGAACCCACUCCUGUAAGUGACACACAGACAACAGCGAAAGAAGCAUUAGACACCAACAGCAUGCUGACAAAACUGCUCUUUGUUCCAAGCUACCAGCUCCAUUCAAAAAAGAAGGAAUUCAAAGAAGACCUGCCAAUCAGUGCACCUGUCACAGGUGCACCUGCUGCCCAGAUACUUGAAAGGGGUGAAAGUGAAAAGGGGGGAAACCCCCCGGAGAUAAAGAUAUGCCUGCGAAGUGUAAAGGAAAAUAAAGGCUGCACACUGAAUAUUGCCAACCUUUUAACCCCCAAUAUAAGUUACAACACUGUCAACACGUUCAGAGCAGCAGGUGAUGCUAAAUGUCACAUUUGGUCUGCUUCAGAUAAAAUUCCAAACUUCACUGUGAGAGACAUAAGAGACACAAAAUGCAAGUUCCAAACACCAAUCUAUCAGGUCAGAGAUGUGCGUAAACUGGUCAAAAGUUCAUACCGCUUUGUUUCUUUGGAUCACAGUGAGAAUAAAUACUCAAGGGCUGCUGAUAAAGUCGAAGCCACAAAGGAGCCAGUGAAGCAUGUAUUACCAUCUCCUAUUGUGAUCAAAUGUCACUCUGUUAAAACCAAUGUUAAGCAACAGGCUGCUGAGGCAUCACAGAAACAGUCAGAAGCACUUCAAAGUGAAAACACACACAGCAGGGUGACACCUGUAGCGUCAAAGCAGCCACAUACUGAGCAGUUAGACAAUCAGACAAAUAUUGAAAGCAAACCAAUAAAACAGAGGCAGGAAAAGUUUGCAGGUGAGUCUAAAAUACCAAAACAAGCUGCGCUCGAGAAGCUCAAAGCUGCAGUGAAAACAAUGGAGCAGCUUUAUGUGUUUGACAGAAAUGAAUGGAAGCGCAAAAAUCAGGCCCCACAAACAAUCACAGGCAGCCAUGUGCUGUCACUUAUUGCCAGUGAGGAGCAGGGAGCAGAGGAGCCGGAGACAAUCGGUCAGCCUUUGACACAUAGCACAGAAACAGUCAAACCACAGGAAAGUAAAGGAGCUCAGAAUAUCAUACAUGUCCCUUACAGUGAUGACACAUUUAAAACUCAAUCACAGCAAAGUCAGACAUUCAGUAAUAAAAGUGUCCUUCAUUUAGGCAGCAAAGCACGUGUCAGCAUAAGUUCAGUUAAUAACUCUGUUCCACAAAAAUCUGAGCUGCAGACUUCAUCGACUAUGAAAAGCUCCAACACACCACCGGCUCCACUGUCAGUGAAAAUAGAGCCCCCCAAACACGGCCAGGUGGACCAGGGAAAGGUCAAAAUCAUUCCCACUAAUCCCGCUGUCACACAGGCCUGCACAGACUCCGAGAACUACUUAACCAUCCCGGGGCUGGGGUACAAGAAUGAAAUCAAACUGCAGAAUCCAGAGCCUGUUUCGAAUAUGGAGAGAUCAAACAUUAACAAAAUCAAAACAGGUGACAGCCUAACACCCCCUAUAAUCCUGGAGUACCCUGCUUCAAGUAUCUACCAUCACGCAAGGGCACCAGCAGAGCCUACAGCAGCACAUCAGGCAUUGUGUAUCUGUCCCUCUAUCCCUGCAGUGUCACCUACACCUGCUGGAGAGACUGUCCCACAAACACAGCGCAAGAUGCUUCUGGACCCCACCACAGGACAUUAUUACCUGGUGGACACCCCAAUACAGGCCACCACAAAGAGACUUUAUGACCCCGAGACAGGCCAGUAUGUGGAUGUGCCCAUGCCCCAUUCUCCUGUGUCACCCAUGACCCCUGUUACUCCAGUCACUCCUGUCACCCCUAUUCCUCUCUCUGUCUCCCCCCUGGCUCUGAGCCCAGGCGCGUAUGCCCCCACCUACAUGAUCUACCCCGGCUUCAUCCCCUCGCCCACCCUGCCAGCCCAGGCAGUGUUAACACAUUCACCGUGUCUGUCUGAGGAUGCAGGGGGAGAGAAGGGAAACAAAGUAAGAAGCCCCAGACUGGAAGCUAACGCAGCAGGCGCAGAGAGUGCAUAUUACAGUGCAACAGGUGAGGCUGCCCUGCAGCUGCCCAUGAGCUUGGGACAUGUGACCCCCACUGGAAGUGCAGCGGGCUCUGACAGGAAGCCAGUUAUCAGCAUCACCACGCAACAAGGUCCAAGAAUCAUCGCCCCGCCCUCCUUUGAUGGAACAACAAUGAGCUUUGUAGUGGAGCAUCGGUGACCAAGGAAACAUCUCAUCAUACAUAAAUCUCCACUGAAGAAUCUGUCUUCAUUCAUCAAGAGUGCAGGUUUCAUCUCCAUAGCCCACCUUACCUGUGACCUACUCCCCAGGAAAACCUCAACCAAAAAGAUACUAUCCCCACUUUGCCCUGUUGUUCCUCCUUGCAGCAGACCUUACUCUUACUCUGUAUGCAUUGUAGCACUUUGUAGGAUAAAAGCAUUCAGCCACAUCCUCUGGCUGGUGCUGUGCCAUAUUGUUUUAUGAAUCUGCUUUGUAAUACUUUCCAUUUAGCUGCUGUCUAGAACUCUUGAAAUGCUGUUUUGGCCCUGCAACAUGUCAGUUUAGAAGGAAACAAGGCAGGCUUUCUAUUACAGUUCAGUGUUAACAGCCAAGCGGCUAUCAUACUAUUGUAUAUUUUACAUUACUUAGUGUUUAAAGCAAGACUAUGCAGAGCAUAAACAACCUUUAUUUAACCAUGUUAUUGUAUUACUGUAACACACUGACAAAGUCAGGGUGCUGACAUUAUGUCUAUUGUUGUGUUUGUGUUGUGUCAGUUGUAGGAUUUAAAAGAAUUUUUUCAUUAAUUUUUCAUAAAAAUAAAAUAAUAAGUAUACCCCUAUAUACCCUCCC